ACAUCAGACACAGCUUUCACUUCCAGCUGGUUUCACCCACUAAGAGGUGUUUUUUGAAAGCUGAUUCAGAGGAGAUUGGACAGGCUUGGAUGAAAGUAAUACAGAACAUCAUUACCAAGCCUGAUGAUGCUGGCAGAUCAGACAGCUGGGAGACACUAGACAGGAAGUCGUCAUUGUCUGCAGUUAGUUCAGACUCAGAUCAGCAUCAAAAAGCAUCUGAAGCUUCAGCCUCUGUAGCUGAGAUCAGCCUUGGUGAAGUGAUCUUUGAAUGUGCUGCUGAGUUGAAUGACUCUGAUGCCUCUGUUGAGCGCGGUGGUAAGUAUAGUACAUACAGCUUUUCAGGGGUUUGUUCUGUAGGUGCAGAAGAAGAAAUCCUGAGCAAUGAAGAAAGCCCAGAGGAUCCAACCACCAGCGUUCAUUUCUUCAACAUCCUGAACCAUGAAGAGAGUUUGGAUUGUUGCUACACUGUGGGAGAGCUGCUGGGAGAAGGAGGCUGUGGUGCGGUUUAUGCUGGUGUUUGUAAUGCAGAUGGGAAACAGGUUGCUGUGAAAUAUGUGCUGAAGGACCCCCGCGACAGAUUCAUCACUAUUCCUGGAGAGACGUACCCACUUCCUGCGGAGGUGGCGUUAAUGAAGAUGGUAUUCAAGCCACCUCACUGUAAUUCUGUGCUGAAACUACUGGAUUGGUUUGACACGCCCGAGCACUACAUCCUAAUCCUGGAGCGACCCAUCCCCUGUAUGGACCUCUUUGACUUCAUUCAGCAGUUCCCAAUGAAUGAAGCUGUGGCUCAGCUCAUCAUGUGGCAGGUGGUUCUGGCUGCAAUUCACUGCCAUGAUUGUGGAGUUUUUCACCGGGACAUCAAGCCAGAAAAUCUUCUGGUGAACACAGAGACACUGGAGGUCAAGCUGAUCGACUUUGGCUGUGGGGACUUACACAAGGAAACAGCGUACACCUCAUUUUCAGGCACUAAGUCAUACGCUCCACCUGAGUGGAUAGUUGAGAAGGAAAUGUAUGGCUGCCCUGCUACUGUGUGGAGUCUGGGCGUACUCCUGCACACCAUAGUUUGUGGAGAGAUGCCGUUCGGGGAUGAAGUGGAGAUUGUUGAUGGGGGCCUGGACUUUUUACCUGAACUUUCUGAUACAUGCUACCAUCUGAUAAGUAGGUGUCUGGAGAAACAGCCUGAAAAACGUCUCAGCCUUAAAGAAAUCCUUCAGCAUGAGUGGUUUACAGAGAACAGUAUGAGGUUAGGGCAUCUGCGUGGAUGAAGAUUAUAGAAAGAAGACUGUGUGUGUGUGUGAAAGA